UUGCUUGCUUCAUCGUUCUGUCUUUUGUUGGGUAUUCUGUUCAACUCCUCCGUUGAUUUCCGCCAAUCCCUUUUAACUCUAACGGCGGGUUUCAGAUUCAACUGGUGAAAAGUGUUAACUGUUGCGUUCGAAGAAGUUUAAUUAGAGAGGAUAUUAAUGGAAGAAGGCAACAGAGGAAGCCAGUUCAAGAGGAUCUGCGUGUUCUGCGGAAGCAACUCUGGCAAUAGAGAAGUCUUCAGUGACGCGGCUCUUCAGUUAGGGGAUGAACUGGUUAAGAGAAGGAUAGACCUGGUUUAUGGUGGAGGAAGUGUUGGACUAAUGGGUCUGAUAUCCCAGAAAGUUUAUGAUGGGGGCUGUCAUGUUCUUGGUGUCAUCCCCAAAGCACUGAUGCCUAUUGAGGUGUCCAUUUCUUCCCCUCUUUUGAUUUCAGGUGAAUCGGUGGGAGAAGUAAGAACAGUAUCAGAUAUGCACGAGCGUAAGGCUACAAUGGCCAAAGAAGCGGAUGCUUUUAUUGCUUUACCUGGGGGAUAUGGAACCAUGGAAGAACUGUUGGAGAUGAUUACAUGGUCGCAACUUGGUAUUCAUGAGAAACCGGUUGGACUGCUCAAUGUUGAGGGCUAUUAUGAUAGUUUACUAUCACUAUUUGACAAAGGUGUCCAAGAAGGUUUUAUCAAGCCUGGUGCUCGCAGCAUAGUUGUGUCUGCUCCAACGGCAAGAGAACUUCUGGAAAAGAUGGAGCUAUACAUCCCAUCGCAUAAACAUGUAGCUCCUCACAAGAGCUGGGAUAUGGAACAAUUGGGCGAUUAUCCAACAAAUCAGAGCACAUAAUCAAGUGUGGAUGACAGGUCUUCUCUCACCGAUUUUAGCAAAUGAUCAACUAUGUGAUUUUUUGUAACGAAGGAUUGACCCGUCUUUAUUGUUUCUUGCCUGUUUGUGAUGAAAGAAAGGAGAAUAAACUCUCUCGGUCUUAUA